UAGGGUUUUGGCAUUCCAGGGCCGAUGGAGAGCGCGAGUACUGGCGGAGGCUCGCAGCGCUACAGCCUCAAGAAGGCGAUCCAGGCGAGCUUCGGCGCGCCGGACAAUCCGGAUUACAUCUUCGACAUCUCGACCAGUGGGGAUAGCAUGAUGGCCGUGUCCCUGUCCACGAAUGGGAUCAAGCUCUAUUCUCCUGUCAAGGACAAGCUGCUUGGGGAAUUAUCGGGUCACACCAGUACCAUUACAGACAUUGCCUUUCCUAGUCCUUUGGCGCCCCAUAAGUUGUGUUCUUCUUCCACGGAUGGAACGCUAAGAAUUUGGGAUACGCGAACGCACAGACAGAUAGGCUGUCUAAAAUCUCCAUCUCCUAGAGAACUGUGGAGUUUUAGCUUAGGUGGGAUGAGUGGAAACUUGAUCGCUGCUGGAAGCCAAGCACAGAUUAUGUUCUGGGACUGGAGAACCAAGAAGCAAUUAGGAUGCUUAGAGGAAUGCCACACUGAGGACGUCACACAGGUACGGUUCCAUCCAAACAAAAUGGACAAGCUUCUUUCUGCAUCAGUGGAUGGUUUGAUGUGCGCGAUCGAUACGAGUGGAGGCAUCAAUGACGACGAGGGCCUAGAUUCUGUCUUGAGCGUGGGUACUUCAGUUGCGAGGAUAGGAUUCUAUGGCGAAUCUAAUGAGAAAGUUUGGUGCCUAACUCAUACAGAGUCCUUGAGCGUUUGGAACUUCGAAGAGAAGAGGCUAGAGGCAGACUUUGGAGACACGAGAUCGAGAGCUUCCGCUGCAUGGUCACUAACACCUGUUAACUACUUGAUCGACUGCCACUACUCCCCGACACUAGACGGCCUGUGCCUCGUAGCAGGAACUCUCGGGGGCACGAUUGGAAUGUUCCCGGUGAACUACACGAAAUGCGGUGGUGACACGCACUGCUCCGGCCAGAUCGGCCCAGUUUGCUCGGUUCUGGAAGGAGGUCACACCGCAGUCGUCCGGAGCGUGAAAACUUUCGAUCAAAGCGAGCUCUUUUGCUGGUCCGGCGGCGAAGAUGGACGGCUUUGCAGCUGGAGCAAACCGAGCUCGAGCUCCGAGUUUGAGAGCAGUGCUUGGGUUUCGAGCAAUCUGGUGCUCAAGAGGGCCAAGCAAUCCAACAAGAGACAUGUCCCUUAUUGAUGACGUGUAAUGACAAGUGUGCUGCCUUAUAGUGA